UUUUUUUUUACUUUAUUUAUAUAUCAUCAAUAUUUACAUAUACAUUAAUUAUACAUAAUACUACCUAAUUAUACAUUCUAUAUUUUAACAAAAAUAAGCCUUCUCUUUAUUUACAAAAAUAGUGUAAUAUGAUUCAAAACCAACAAACACUUCGUCCUUUAACUUUAAAACAAGGUGUUACUGAAAUUUCUAUUCUUGUUUCUGAAAACGUUUGGGGUUAUACGCAGCAACUUAAGGAAGAGUUCCCUACAGCUGAAAAUGCAGAAAAUGUCAAUGAAAUUGAACUUGCAGCCAGAUUUAUGAAAUUUGCUUCUGAUCGUGCAAUUAGGGAUUCAAUUUUUAUUGAAGUGGCUAAAGUUCUUUUUAUUGAUUUUACAUCUAAAUAUCUUAAAAGUAAUAAUAUACAUGCUGCUACUCGUAAUCUUGUACUCGAGUCAAAAAAGUCAGUUAUCAAAGCCUAUUAUUCCACUUUGAAUGUUCUUGAAAAGACCAAUACCUUACCAGAUGAAAAUAUGGCUCCAGUUAAAUCAGCUUUAUUCGAGGCUGCUGCUAGCGGUGAUGCAAAGCUUUUCGCUGUUUUUGGUGGUCAAGGCAAUAUUGAGGAAUAUUUUGAUGAACUUGCUGAUAUUUGGGAGAUUUACAAAGAGAUUGUAAGACCUUUUGUUCUUCGUAUGGCAGAUGUAUUAAACGAGUAUGCUCGUAAUCCUGAUGUAAAAGUUUUAUAUUCAGAGGGUCUGGAUAUUUUACGUUGGCUAGAAGAUUCUGAGCUUAGACCUGAUGUCCAGUACCUUAUUUCUGCUCCAGUGAGUCUUCCUUUAAUCGGUCUUAUUCAACUUCUCCAUUAUUAUAUCAUGAUUCGCGUUCUUAAUCGUACACCUUUUGAAAUUCGUGAUUUAUUUAAAGGCACUACGGGUCAUAGCCAAGGAAUCAUUAGUUCUGUCGUUAUUUCUGCUUCUUCAACUGAAAAUGAAUUUUUGAGCAAUUCUGAAAAAGCAUUAGGUCUUCUUUUUUGGAUUGGGGCAAGAGCACAACAAGAGUAUCCUUCUUUUACUUUAAACCCAGCUGUUAUCGAAGAUUCAAUUAAUAACAAUGAAGGAAAUCCCACUCCUAUGCUAGCUAUUACCGGACUUCGAGAGAGUCAGAUUUUGAACUAUGUGAAAGAAACUAAUUCUCAUCUUGCUCCUGAACGUCAAAUUGUGUUAGCCUUACGUAAUGGCCCUCGUUCAUUUGUCUGUACCGGCCCUCCUCAAUCACUCUAUGGAUUAAAUCUUGCCCUUCGCAAAUUAAAAGCCCCAACCGGUCUUGAUCAAUCUCGUAUUCCUUAUUCUCAACGUAAAAUCAAAUUUUCUUUCAGAUUCUUGCCAAUUACAGCACGCUUUCAUAGUUUCUAUUUGAAUUCAGUGGUCGAUAAAGUUAUGGAAGAUGCUAAAAAUAACAACCUUUUAUUUGAUUCUAGUAGCCUUAAAAUUCCUGUACUUUCUACCGACUCAGGCAAAAAUCUCCAAAAUGCAAACGACUUGACAAAGACAUUAUUAGAACUUAUUUGUAUUUGUCAUGUGGAUUGGGAAAAAUCUACUGCUGUUGAAGGAUUAACACAUGUUAUUGAUUUUGGACCUGGAGGUACAUCAGGAAUUGGUAGUUUAACAUAUCGUAAUAAAGAAGGCACUGGCGUAGAAAUUGUGUUAGCAGGUGUUCUUGAGGGAUCUAAUGAUGACUUGUCUUAUAAAGCCGAUCUUUUCGAUUUAAAUGUCAAUUCAGUUAAAUAUUCUCAAAAUUGGGCGAAAUUGUUUCAACCUAAAUUAGUCAAAACAGCAAGUGGACGUAUUCAUAUAGAUACCAAGAUGUCUCGUUUAUUAGGUAAGCCACCACUUAUGGUAGCCGGUAUGACUCCCGCUACUGUUAAUGAGAAAUUUGUUGCUGCUGUCAUGAAUGCUGGCUAUCAUGUUGAACUUGCUGGAGGUGGACACUUUAAUGAAGAUAUGCUUCGUGAUAAGGUUCAUAAAAUCAUGGAACUUACUCGUGCUGGUGAGGGUAUUACUCUCAAUAUUAUCUUUUUAAAUGUCCUACAAUGGGGUUUCCAAUAUCCUCUUAUUCAAGUUAUGCGUAAGGAAGGUCUACCUAUGGAAGGCCUUUGUAUCGCUGCUGGUGUUCCCAGUCUUGACAAUGCUAAUGAAAUUAUUGCUAAUUUACAAGCUGCUGGAAUUCGUCAUGUUGCAUUCAAGCCAGGAAAUGCAGAUACUAUUCGUCAAGUUGUAGCUAUUGCUGCUGCUAAUCCUACUAUGCCUGUUAUCUUACAAUGGACUGGUGGUCGUGCUGGUGGUCACCAUGGUUUUGAGGAUGUUCAUCAACCUAUUCUUGAAACUUAUGCCGCCAUUCGUCGUCAACCCAACAUUGUUCUUGUUGCUGGUUCUGGUUUUGGUGGUGCUGAGGAUACCUUGCCCUACAUUACUGGUGAUUGGUCUGUCAAAUUUGAUUAUCCACCUAUGCCUUUUGACGGUGUCCUCUUUGGUUCUCGUAUGAUGGUAGCCAAGGAAGGUUUAGCUUCCCCAGCUGCUAAACAAGCCAUGGUCGAUGCACCUGGUGUAGAUGACAGUGAAUGGGAAAAGACCUAUAAGGUCCCUGCUGGUGGUGUCCUUACUGUUCUUUCUGAACUUGGUGAACCUAUCCACAAGAUUGCUACCCGUGGUGUUCGUCUUUGGAAGGAACUUGAUGAAAGUAUUUUCUCUUUGCCUAAGGACAAGCGUUUACCUGCCUUGUUAGCCAAGAAAGAUUAUAUCAUUAAACGUUUGAAUGCUGAUUUCCAGAAGGUUUGGUUUGGUAAGAAAAAGACAGGUGAAGCCGUUGAUCUUCAAGAUAUGACCUAUAGUGAAGUUGUCUAUCGUAUGAUUGAAUUACUUUAUAUCAAGUUCGAAGCUCGUUGGAUCGAUAUUUCACUUCGUAACUUUGUUGGCGACUUUUUGCGUCGUGUUGAAGAACGUUUCUCAAAGUCAUCUACAUCUUCUAUGCUUCAAAAUUAUGCUCAAUUGGAAAAUCCCUUCCCUUUUGUUGAAGAGUUCUUGGCUCAAUUCCCUGAUGCUGAAACACAAUUAUUAACAUCUGAAGAUGUUCUUCAUUUUAUUUCUCUUUGUAAGCGUCCUAAUCAAAAGCCCGUUCCCUUCAUCCCUAUUAUGGAUAAAGAUUUUGAUAUUUGGUUUAAGAAGGAUUCUCUUUGGCAAUCCGAAGAUCUUGCUGCUGUUGUUGAUCAAGAUGUUCAACGUACUUGUAUCCUUCAUGGUCCUGUUGCUGCCAAAUAUGCUACUCGUAUCGAUCAACCUGUAGCUGAAAUUCUUAACGACAUUUAUAAUAGCCACAUCAAUAGUUUGAAGGAACGUUAUUAUAAAGAUACUAUAAUCCCUGAAAUUGAAUAUCUGGGUGGUGUAUCUAUCACUAAAACUUCUGUUCAAGAAAUUUUUGCUUCUUCUACUGAACAAAUUUUUGAAACUUCUUCAAAUCCUUUACCUGAUACGGACGAAUGGAUUCAAGCAAUCUCAGGUCCUAAUUAUAACUGGCUUCGUGCUCUUUUGACAUCUCCUUUUAUUGUUCAAGGAAAACGUUUUGCAGACAAUACCAUUAAGGAUGUGUUCCGUCCACGUGUCAAUCAAAAGGUUAUAGUAUCUAAAAAUGCUCUUGGACAUAUUGUCUCUGUUAAAGUUCAAGACAGACGUCAAUGGAGUGUUAAUGGUAACAGUACAGAUUAUACAACCUCUAUUGAACUUACUGAGAGUAAUAACAGUGUUACAAUGACACUCUAUGAAAAGAAGGGCGACGAUUUCAUUCCUUUGGUUUUACGUUUUGAAUAUAAACCUGAACUUGGCUAUGCACCUAUUCAUGAAAUUAUGACUGAUCGUAAUGAACGUAUCAAGAAUUUCUACUUCAAACUUUGGUUUGGCGUUGAUAAUAAUGAAGAUUUCUUAAAUUAUCCCCUUGAUGGGACUAUUGUUAACAAGGGUGAAGUAGUUAAAUUUGAAGAUAUUUCAGAAUUUUGUCAUGCUGUUGGCAAUAAGGCAGAAAUCUUUGGUGAUCGUAACCAAAAGGUUGUCAGUGCUCCUAUGGACUUUGCUAUAGUUGUUGGUUGGAAAGCUAUUAUGAAAGGUGUCUUCCCCAAAAUUGCUGAUGGUGAUCUUAUUAGACUUGUUCAUGCUGGUAUCAGUUUCCGCAUGUUAGCAGGCGAAGAGCUUCUUAAAGUUGGCGAUGUUGUUGAUACCUUUGCUAAAAUUAAUGCUGUUACUAAUAUUAGUUCUGGUAAAAUGAUUGAGGUCAAGAGUCUGAUCGUUCGUGAUGGAAAGCCUGUACUUGAAGUUACUAGUUGGUCUUUGUACCGUGGUAACUUUGUUGAUUUUGAGAAUACAUUUGAGCAUAAAACUGAAAUCCCUAUGGAGUAUAAGAUUUAUGGUAACAAAGAGAUUGCUAUAUUGAAGUCUAAGGAGUGGAUUCAUUGGAAUGAUAUCUCUGAACAAUAUAAAGUUGCUCCUGGAAAAUCUCUUAUCUUCCGAUUGGAAACUGAACUUAAAUAUAAGAAUAGUAAAGUUUAUUCUUCAGUUAAAACUACUGGUAGUGUUACAAUGCAAGUCUCUACUAAGGAAUUUAUUGAAGUUGCUAAAGUUAAUUAUGAAUCUGGCGAAAGUCAUGGCAACCCAGUAACAGAGUUUUUGAAACGUCAUGCUCAUGAAAUUGAACAAGCUCAUUUCUUUGAAAACGGUGGCUACUCAAUUAUGCCUAUUCAAAGUACUUUCCCCUCAAUUGUUCAUGCACCCACUUCUAAUGAACCUUAUGCUAAUAUCUCUGGCGAUUUCAACCCUAUUCAUGUUAAUCCUUACUUUGCUGAUCUUGCUCGUUUACCAGGUACAAUCACUCAUGGUAUGUGGACUAGCGCUUCUACACGUAAGUUUGUUGAAAUCUUUGCUGCUGACAAUGUACCUCGUCGUGUUGUUGCCUACGAUGUCAAAUUCGUUGGUAUGGUUUUGCCUUCUGACCGACUUGAAACCAAACUUUAUCAUAUUGGUAUGAAGAAUGGUCGUAAGAUCAUUAAAGUUGAAACCUACAAUCAAAACAAUGAAAGAGUUGUCGAAGGUACUGCUGAAGUUGAACAACCUAUUACAGCAUAUGUUUUUACCGGUCAAGGUUCUCAAGAAAAAGGCAUGGGCAUGGAUCUUUAUAAUAGUUCUCCAGUUGCUAAAGCUAUCUGGGAUAAAGCUGAUAAGCACUUUUUGGAAAACUACGGUUUCUCCAUUCUUGAUAUUGUUCGUAAUAACCCUAAAGAAAAGACUAUUCAUUUUGGUGGACCAAAGGGUGAGAAAAUCCGUCAAAAUUAUAUGAGUAUGCUUUAUGAUGUUGUCGAUCCUGAUGGUAGUAUUCACACUUUACGUUUAUUCCCUACCAUUGAUGAAUAUUCACCUUCUUAUACAUUUGUAUCCCCUAAUGGUCUUCUUUCUGCUACUCAGUUUACUCAACCGGCUUUAACUUUAAUGGAAAAAGCGGCGUUUGAGGAUAUGCGUUCUAAAGAGUUAAUUCAAGCUAAUUGUGCUUUUGCUGGUCACUCUCUUGGAGAAUAUUCUGCUUUAGCUGCUGUAGGUGACAUUUUACCAUUAAGCUCUUUAGUUGAUGUUGUCUUUUAUCGUGGUAUGGCCAUGCAAUCUGCUGUUAAGCGUGAUGAGUUAGGUCGCUCUAACUAUAGUAUGGUUGCUGUUAACCCUGCUCGUGUUUCUAAGACAUUUGAUGAUGCAGCUCUCCGCUUUGUUGUUGAUUCUAUUGCUCGUCGCGGUGGUGAUAUUUUGGAAAUUGUCAAUUUUAAUGUUGAAAACUGGCAAUAUGUUGCUGCUGGUGCUCUUCAAAAUCUUGAUGCACUUGCUAAUGUUUUGAACUAUAUUAAUAUGUCUAACAUUGAUUUCCAAAAACUUAUUGGAACCGAAUCUCUUGAUUCAGUUAGGGAAAAACUUAAUACAAUUAUUGAUGAUGCAUUUGAAAAAACGAAAUCUAAGCAAGCUAAAGGAUUUAUUAAUCUUGAAAGAGGUAGAGCUACUAUCCCUCUUUCUGGUAUUGAUGUUCCCUUUCAUUCAUCAUUCUUACUUAGUGGCGUUACUCCUUUCCGUACCUUUUUGGCAAAGAAAUUUAAUCCAUCUGAUAUCGAUGUUAAUCAAUUGAAAAAUAGAUAUAUUCCUAACUUAGUGGCACAACCUUUUAGCACAGAAAAGAGUUAUAUUGAAAACAUUUAUCGCACCACUUCUAGUCCCCGCUUAGCCAAGGUACUUCAGAAUUGGACUGAUGACAAGUAUUCUACUCCAGCUCAACAACAACGCCUUGGUUAUAUUAUUCUAAUUGAACUUUUGGCUUAUCAAUUUGCAUCCCCUGUUCGUUGGAUUGAGACUCAAGACGAAUUAUUCAAGAAUUAUAAGAUUGAGCGCCUUAUUGAAGUUGGUCCUUCUCCUACACUUACUGGAAUGGCUGUUCGUACCUUGGGACUUAAGUAUCAAUCUUAUGAUACUGCCUUGAAUAAUCGUAGACAAACUUUGUGUAUUUCAAAGGAUUCUAAAGAGAUUUAUUAUGAACUUGAAAGCUCAGUUGAAGAGGUAGUUGAACCUGCUGCUCUGCCUAAAGUAAAUGUGGCUCCUGCUCCUAUCGCUAUUCCUGCUCCUGCUCCUGUAGCUGCACCUACUACUGGACCUGCAGCUGCUGUAGCUGAUGUUCCCGUUUCUGCUAUUGAAAUUAUUCUUGCCGUAGUAGCUCAAAAGCUCAAGAAAUCUAUUAAUGAUGUUCCUUUAUCUAAAUCUAUUAAGGAUUUAGUAAGCGGUAAAUCCACCCUUCAAAAUGAAAUUCUUGGUGACUUGCAAAAGGAAUUUAAUAACAACAUGCCUGAAAAGGCUGAAGAAUCUUCGUUACAAGAUAUUGGCUCUGCAUUGAAUGGCGUAUUCUCUGGUACACUUGGUCAACACAGUAAUACCAUGAUUGCUAAAUUAAUUAGUGCAAAGAUGCCUGGUGGUUUUACCUUGAAUAGUGCAAAGAAUUAUCUUAAUAGCGCUUAUGGUUUAGGCCCUGGACGUGCUGAUGGGGUUCUUCUUGUUGGUAUUACCAUGGAGCCUGCCUCUCGUCUUGGUGCAGAAGCUGAAGCUAAGGCAUGGUUGGAUUCUGUUGCUAAAGCGUAUGCUAGUAAGACUGGUAUUAGUUUAACUGCUGCUAGUGCUUCACCUGCGCCUGCACCUACACCUGCUGUUGCUGUAGCUUCUGCUACUGCAGCUCCCUCUUUACCUACUGCUAUUAGCGAUGUUCCUAUAAGUGCUACUGAAGUUAUUCUUGCUGUUGUUGCCCAAAAGCUUAAGAAAUCUGUUAACGAAGUCCCAUUGUCUAAAUCUAUUAAGGAUUUAGUUGGGGGUAAAUCUACUCUUCAAAACGAAAUCCUUGGUGACUUACAAAAGGAAUUCAAUAAUGGUAUGCCUGAGAAAGCUGAAGAAAGCUCAUUGGAAGAACUUGGUUCAUCGUUGGGUAGCUCUUUCAGUGGUGCUCUUGGUAAGCAUACUAGUUCUCUCAUUGCCAAAUUGGUUGGUGCCAAAUUACCCGGUGGUUUUACUUUAAACAGUGCCAAAAAUUAUCUUAAUAGCACCUUUGGUUUGGGUCCUGGUCGUACUGAUGGCUCUCUCUUAAUUGGUAUUACUAUGGAACCUGCUACUCGUCUUAGCACUGAAGUUGAGGCUAAAUCUUGGUUAGAUAAUGUUGCUGCAGCAUAUGCUAGUAAAACGGGUAUUUCUCUCUCUAGUAAUGGAGGAGCUUCAGCUUUAGGUAAUUCUAUGUCGAGUGGUGUUGUUGCUACUAUGAUUAAUAAUGCUGAAUUUGAUGCCUUGAAAGCCAAACAAGACGCUUUGAUUUAUCAGCAACUUAAUUUAUAUGCUAAAUAUCUUCAAAAGGAUUUGCGUGAAGGAGCUAGAAAAUACGAAGAGGAAAAGGUCGUUACUAAGAAGCUACAAGCUGAGCUUGAUUUGUGGCUAAAUGAGCACGGCGAUGUUUAUGCUGAAGGUAUUAAACCCUUAUUCUCUCCUCUUAAAGCUCGUCGCUAUGAUUCUUAUUGGAAUUGGGCUCGCCAAGAUGCUCUUGAAAUGUGGUAUGACCUUAUCUUUGGUAAAUCCUCUAUUAUUGAUCGUGAAAUUACUGCAAAAUGCUUAAAUAUUAUGAAUCGUGCUCAUCCUAAGUUGAUUGAAUACAUGCGAUACAAGGUUGAAAACUGUACAGGUGAUGAGGGAGAAACUUAUAAAAUUGCUAAAGAAUUUGGCCAAGCUUUGAUUGAAAAUUGCGUUGAAGUUCUUGCUGAGAAGCCUUAUUUCAAGUGCUUUGCUAUUCCUACAAGUCCUCAUACUUCUGUUACAGAAAAGGGUGAUAUCAAAUACUCAGAAGUUCCUCGUCCUGGUUGUGACAAAUUGGCUAACUAUGUAGAUGAUAUGAUUGCUGGAUCUGAGGUCUCAGAAUAUUCAAAUCGUCUUAAAGUUCAACGUGAUUUAGGACAUAUUUAUGAAAUUAUUCUCAGACAAAACAAUGCUACUAAGAGCGAUAAAUUAGCUAUGGAAGAGCUUUACUCUGAUAUUUUGCGUGCUUUGUCUAUGUCUAAUACUAUCGUUAGAGAACAAAGACCCCGUUCUCAUAUGUCUGAUUGUAAACAUGAUUCUUCAAAUAAGGUUAAGGAUACUAUUCCCUUCUUACAUCUCAAGAGACAGGACCAUGACAAUCCAAUCAAUGGCUGGGAAUUCAGUAAUAAGCUUACUAAAAUCUAUUUGGAUGCAUUAAUUGAAAUUUCUAAAAAGGGUAUUACUUUUGCUGGUAAGUACGUUCUUUUGACUGGUGCAGGAAGAGACUCUAUUGGAUCUGAAGUUAUGAAGGGUUUACUUGCUGGUGGUGCUAAAGUUAUUGUCACCACUUCUCGUUUCAGUCGUCAAGUUACUGAAUACUUCCAAUCUAUCUACAAGACUUAUGGUGCUAAGGACUCUGAACUUAUUCUUGUUCCAUUUAAUCAGGGCGCUAAGCAAGAUGUAGAUGCUUUAGUUAACUAUAUUUAUAGCCGUGAAGGUCUUAAUUGGGAUCUUGAUUUUAUCAUUCCUUUUGCUGCUAUUCCUGAAAAUGGUCGUGAACUUGACAGUAUUGAUUCGAAAUCUGAGCUUGCUCAUCGUAUUAUGUUAACUAAUUUGCUUCGCAUUCUGGGUAACGUCAAGACUCAUAAGCAAAAGAUUGGCUCUGAUACUCGACCAGCUCAAGUUAUUCUUCCUUUGUCUCCUAAUCAUGGUACUUUCGGUGGUGACGGUCUUUAUGGUGAAUCUAAAAUUUCUUUAGAAACUCUCUUCAACCGUUGGUAUUCUGAAAGCUGGUCUAGUUACUUAUCUAUUACUGGUGCUAUCAUUGGUUGGACUCGUGGUACUGGUUUAAUGAGUGCCAGUAAUAUUGUUGCUGAAGGCGUCGAGGCACUUGGUGUUCGAACUUUCUCAACUGUUGAAAUGGCAUUCAAUCUCCUUGGUCUUAUGCAUCCUACUAUUGUCAAGUUAUGCCAAAGAGAGCCUGUCUAUGCUGAUCUUAAUGGUGGUCUUCAAUUUAUUCCAAAAUUAAAAGAACUUACUACUAAAUUGCGUUCUGAAAUCUAUGAAACUGCUGAAAUUCGUAAGGCUAUUGCUGCUGAGAAUGCUCUUGAUUACAAGGUUGUAUUUGGCGAAGAAGCUGAACGUAAAAAUAAUCCUUAUAAGGUUACUCCUCGCGCUAACAUGAAAUUUGAAUUCCCCAAGCUUAAGCCAUACGAAGCUCUUAAACAUCUUAGCUAUCUUAAGGGUAUGCUUGAUCUCGAUAAGGUUAUAGUUAUUGCUGGUAUGGGUGAAGUUUCUCCAUGGGGUAAUGCUAGAACUCGUUGGGAAAUGGAAGCUUAUGGUGCUUUCUCUCUUGAAGGCUGUAUCGAAAUGGCCUGGAUUAUGGGUUAUAUAAAACACUUUGACGGUAGAUUAAAGAAUGGUAAUAUCUAUUCUGGAUGGGUUGACGCCGAAACCGAACAACCUGUUGAAGAUAAAGAUAUUAAGGCCAAGUAUGAAAAGCAAAUUUUGGAGCAUACAGGUGUUCGUUUAAUUGAACCUGCGAUUAUGGAUGGUUAUAAUCCUGAAAAGAAGACACUCUUGCAAGAAGUUAUGAUUGAUCAUGAUCUAGAACCUUUUGAAUGCUCUAAAGAAGAGGCUGAACACUUUAAGCACCAACAAGGUGAUAAAGCUGAUAUUUAUGAAUCUGGUAAUGGAAGCUGGUAUGUUCAUAUUCAUAAGGGUGCUACCUUGUAUAUUCCCAAAGCCCUUCGUUUCGAUCGUCUCGUUGCUGGCCAAAUCCCUACUGGCUGGGAUGCUACACGUUAUGGUAUUCCUAAGGAUGUUAUUGACCAAGUUGAUCCUGUCACUGUUUACAACAUGGUCUCUACUGUUGAAGCAUUUAUUUCUGCUGGUAUCACUGAUCCUUAUGAAUGUUAUAAAUAUAUUCAUGUAUCUGAAAUGGGUAAUACUAUCGGUUCUGGUGUCGGUGGUCAAGCUGCACAAAGAGGUUUCUUCCGUGGACGUUUCCUUGAUCAGCCUGUUCAAAAGGAUAUUUUACAAGAGUCUCAAAUUAACACUAUGGCUGCUUGGAUUAAUAUGUUACUUAUUUCAUCAUCUGGUCCAAUCAAGACUCCCGUAGAUGCCUGUGCAACUGCUGCUAUUUCUAUUGAAAUGGCAUGUGAAUCAUUACUAUCCGGCAAAGCUAAGAUUAUGAUUGCUGGUGCUUCUGAAGAAACAACUGAAGAAUCCAGUUACGAAUUUGCUAAUAUGAAGGCUACUUCUAGUGCAGCUGAAGAAUUUGCUAAGGGCCGUACUCCUUCUGAAAUGUCUCGUCCUGCUACUACUACUAGAAGUGGUUUUAUGGAAUCUCAUGGUUCUGCUACUCAUGUUCUCAUGACUGCUGCAACUGCUAUAGAGAUUGGUUCACCCAUUUAUGGUAUUAUUGCUCAUAGUAGUACUGCUACUGAUAAGGAAGGUCGUUCUGUUCCUGCACCUGGUGCUGGUAUCCUUACAACUGCUCGUGAAAACGUUAGUAAGAGGGCCUCUCCUAUGUUAAAUUUCAAGUACCGUGCUAAGCAAAUUAAAUCUCGUCGUGCUCAGAUUAAGGCUUGGGUUGAAAGUGAGUUUGAAGAUUUACAAGAGGAGUUAGAAGAAUUGAAAUCUUCUGGCGAGAUUACUACUGCUGAAGAAGAGAAGACAUGGCUUGAAGAACGUACUUCAUUCAUUGAAAAGCAAGCUAAACGUCAAGAAAAGGAAGCACUAGCGACAUUCCAACAUCAAUUCUAUCAAAACGAUCCUGAAAUUGCACCUCUACGUGGUGCUCUUGCUGUUUAUGGUUUAACUAUUGAUGAUAUCGGUGUUGCUUCUUUCCACGGUACUUCUACUAAGGCUAAUGAUAAAAAUGAAUCUCGUGUUAUCAAUGCUCAAAUGAAACAUCUUGGUCGUACUAAGGGUAAUGCUCUUUUGGCUAUCACUCAGAAAUAUUUAACUGGUCAUCCCAAGGGCCCUGCUGCUGCUUGGAUGGCUAAUGGUAUGAUGCAAGCUAUGCUUAGUGGCAUUGUUCCUGGCAAUCGUAAUGCAGAUAACAUUGAUGCUGAUAUGAAGGAGUUAGACUAUAUUGUUUUCCCUUGCCGUUCCAUUCAAACUGAUGGCUUAAAGGCUGGUCUCCUUAAAUCAUUCGGUUUCGGUCAAGCAGGUGGUGAAGUCUUGAUUAUUCAUCCUGACUAUAUCUUUGGUGCUUUAGAAGAAAAGCAGUAUAAUACUUAUAAAGCUAAAAAUAUCAACCGCUAUUCAAAGGCUUAUCGUUAUCUUCAUGACACUGUUACAGGUUUACAUACCUUUGUUCAAGUUAAAAAUGAAGCUCCUUAUAGCGAGGACCUUGAAUACACUGUCUACCUGAACCCUAGCGCUCGUGCCGAAUAUUCAAAGGAGAAGAGGUCCUGGUAUUUCACUAAUAAAUCUGCUAACCGUGCUGCUCCUACAUCUGGUGAUAUUGAAGUAACAAAGAGCAUCAUUUCUUCUCUUGCUGAACAACAAGCUGGUAAAAGGGGUGUUGGCGUUGAUGUCGAAUUAACGAAGGAAGUUAAUAUCGAGAACUCCACCUUUAUUGAACGCAAUUUCACUCCUGCUGAAAUUGAAUACUGCCAAGCUCGUCCAGAUCCCCAGGCUAGCUUUGCAGGCCGUUGGUCAGCUAAGGAAGCUGUUUUCAAAGCUAUUUCUUCUUAUGGCAAUAUCCCUUCUGAUGGUGCUGGUGCCCCCUUGAAAGAAAUUGAAAUUAAAUCAAAUGAAGUUGGAGCUCCUGAAGUCGUGUUAACUGGUAAAGCCGAAAAAGCUGCCUUAUCAGCUGGAAUUAAGAAUAUAAAUGUAUCUAUAAGUCAUAGUGGUGCUUACAGUGCUGCUGUUGCCUUGGCUCAAUAA